CUGGCGCCCUCCUCCGCCUCGUCGAUGCGCCGGCGAUGGCGGGCCCGGACCCCGCCGCCGUGCGGGCCGAGUGUGACCAGGCCCUCGCCUGCCUCCAGCGGGGCAACCAACCCAAGGCGCUGCGCCUCAUGAAGGAGGCCCUCGCCCGCCACGGCGAGGGGUCGCCGCUUCUCCUCCGCGCCCACGGCACCGUCCACUCCCGCAUCACCGCCGUCCUCACCGACCCCGCCGCGUGUCGCGUCGUCGACCUCGCGCCCGACUCCCUCGAGCUCGCCCACUUCCACACCCUCCUCCUCUACAAGGCCGCCAGCGACAACCACACCUACGAGGAGGUCCUCGCCUAGUGCGAGUGCGGGUUCAGGAUCGACGACCCCUCCGACCCGGAGCCCCACUCACUCAGGCUGCCCGCUCGUGACCCCGACCAGCUCCGGGUCGAGCUCCGCAACCUCGUCCAGAAGGCCAAUCUCGCAUCCAUAUCCACCUGGGUCAAGAACCUCGCGUCCGGAUCCGGCCGCCGGACGUCCGACCACUCCGGAUCCAGCCUCCUCCUCGCCGCACGGGCCUCCUCCUCGCCGGAGUGAUGCCCCUCGCCGGGGCAGCGCCGUCCAAGCCCAUCGGCCACCAGGUUCAUGGCCGAUGCUAUGAGGUAAUGGAUAAUGCUGGAUCGUCGGCAGAUUCCCCGGCUCCAGUAAGGCGAUUUGGGCCUCCGGGCAUGGAGGGUCGCGGGUUGCUCAAGGCGGCUCUACUGGCGUGCUUGCUCGUCGUUUGCUUUGGGAGAGGUGAAUGAUUAGCUUCUUAGCUUAGCCCUCCUCUCGUCUCUUGGCUGCAAUUUGCUAUUUUGGGGUUGGUCCUACUCGUAGUUGGAGCAGUCCGCCGUGCCAAAUUUGUUUGAUUUGCCUCCAAAUGGGUGUAUAAAUGUAAAAAUCGGCAACGCCAGAUCAAGUUGAUUUCAAUGCACUUUAUUUUUCAUAAUUAAGCUCACACUGACCAUAUCAGCAGUAGUUACCAGCACAUUCCGAUUUAAAAUGCUGACUCGAAAUGUGUGUGGUCAGUAUAGUCUUGUAGCAUGGUCAGAUUCAGACUCAGCUGUUUUCUUUUCUUUUUUGUUCCUACAAGAAGUUAUAUGACUCUAGAAAUGUUAUAUGACUCUGUUCUCCAUGUAUCCAGCAUUAUCCAUGUUGCUCUUGACAUAGAUGCUUUAUGAACAAGUAGAAAACACCUGACAAGACAUCUGUGAAUGAAUGCUAUGAGGUUUAGGAGAGACUUUGUGGAUGUUUUUGCCUGUUACCACGUGUUGGCCACUACAACAAGUAGACAUUUUAGAUGGCCCUUUUUUGUCUGUACGUUGUGUAUGUCAUGUGUUAUAACUAGGAUGGUUUUUGGUUUUGGCCUUGAUAAUACUAAACUCUAUCCUUUAGUUCAAUCAGUUUCAAGGCUACCCUUUUGCUCUCCACAAUUCAGCCCUCUAUUUUCCUGUUUGAAAAAGAUGUGCUUAUGUCAUUGUGUUUGUUGAACUGUACAGGAUAACAACAGUGGAGUGACUUGCAGAUGACUCAUGUGCAUUUUUGUUCAGUAAGAUCGACCUGACGCCUCAUAUUUUAAUUUGGACAGCGGGACUUGGUUUCAUGUAUUUAGUGGUUCUACAAAUGGUUCUGCUAUGGUUGACAUCACAAUUCUUCUAAUGAGUAGGUAAUUUUGACACCCUCUACUAUUUUAUUGGUGUUCAGUUCUGUAAUACCCAGUGGUGUUGGCUGGCAAGUAUUAUUAGUUUAUAUGAGCCUGUUCAUUUAUACUGAUGUAACUAAUCUGAAAGGAUUGGAGUAGUUUGGAAAAAUCAACUUAAAUGGUGACUCCACAUAUUUUCACAAGGAGGUUAUUACACACAAUAAAAAGUUCCUCUUAGAGCAUUGCCUUCAGUUUCCCCCCUUCUACCAUAUAGUAGUACUGAUUAUAUGUGUCAUCUCAAUAUUAAUUUAGUUGCGACUUCUGUGUAUGCCUUGAGAGUUUUGUAUUUUCUUCUCAAUUGGUCUCGUUUAAUUACAGCAGUAUGCCAAAUAAUCCAAAAAUAAUUAAUUAAAUCAUUGGACCGGCCGGAUGUAGAGAGCAUGAUUUAUACCAUCAAAUGAACAUAUAUUUUUAUAUGAAAUGAAGGCACAAUCUUAAAUCUGUGGGUGCAUGCAGUGCUUCCUGCCUUUGUGCUCGCAGUUUAAAUGCAGUGUAUUUUACUCACUAAUACAUCUUGAACAAUCUAAAAAGUAUAUUUUACUCACUAAUACAUCCUACAACAUUGCAUUUCACCAAGUGAAAUGCUACAUUUCUACUCCUAACCCAUUCUCUCUUUCUUAGUAUUUUUGUUAUGCAGGUUGGAAGAAAAGAAGAAGAUCCAGAGAAGAUCUUAGUAAUAAGAUAGUUUUGACUUUGUGAAACUUGCUACCUAUCGAUGAAACUGUGUAAUAUUGAUGAAACUAUGUAUAUGUAUGGACGAA